AUGGCUUCUGCAAUUCUCAGGCGAUCAGACGGCAGUUCGAUGCAGUGGAUGGUGAUUGGGACUCGAGCUAUUGUUUCGAGGGCUUUUGUGUAUGUUUCAGUUGGAGCUGGCAUCGUUGAUAUUUUGGGCUCCCUGUUUUGUUCUAAAGCUCAUGCGCCUAGUUACAAGAACAACAUUGAUAAGCUCCAGGCCAAAGGGAUUGAUUUUGUAAUUUGUGUGGUUGUCAAUGACCCAUAUGUGAAGGACUGGGCAAAGAAGCUUGAAGCAAAUGAUUGUACCACUUCAAUGUAA